CACAAAAUAGGACUUAUAUAAGCAUAUGUUGAAUUUUGUGACCCCCGGGGCAGGGUCAAAUUUGACCCCAGGGGCAUAAUUUGAAGAAAUUUGGUAGAGGACUAUAAGAUGUCUCUUCAUACCAAAUUUGAUACUAGGCCCAAUGGUUAUAUACGAGAAGAUUUUUAAAGUUUUCACAAAAUAGGCCUUAUAUAAGCAUAUGUUCAAUUUUGUGACCCCCGGGGAAGAGUCAAAUUUGAUCACAGGGGCCUAAUUUGAAAAAUUUGGUAGAUGACUAUUAGAUGUCUCUACAUACCAAAUUUGAUAGCCCUAGGCCCAAUGGUUAUGGACGAGAUUUUGAAAGUUUUAACAAAAAAGGCCUUAUAUAAGCAAACUUUCAUUUUUGUGACCCCCGGGGCAGGGUCAAAUUUGACCCCAUGGGCAUAAUUUGACAUUUUAAAAAGGUUCACACCAGAAACAUUCCUGAGAGAUUUCAUCAGAAUUGGACCAGUAGUUUAGGAGAAGAAGAUUUUUUAAGGAAAAGUUAACGCACGCACGCACGGACGCACGCACGACGGACACAGAACCAUGACAUAAGCCCAGCUGGCCUCUGGCCAGUGGAGCUAAAAACGAUCAUUAUCAACAGGACUAUGUUUUGUCACCUAAACUGAUGCGACCUUAAAGGUUUUGUCAAUUAAACAGUAUUACAUUUUAUGUGACUCUAGUCCAUAUUACAUAAAUGAUGUUUGUGUCUAGAGAUGUGUUGCGUUCCGAAUAUAAUUGUUGUGCUGUUAAACGUAAAUAGACCUUGUAAAUAGUUACAUACAUGUAUAUAUACAAAUAAUACAUUUACGAUAAAUAAUUUACCAUAUUUCGAUUUUGCAUGUUGGUAUACGGGAAAUUGAGAGUUCCGAAUCCAGCUCUGAAUAAGUUCGUGUUGUUCUAUUAAACGCGCUAUUUCUGUAAAUUGGUUUGGUAUCAGCGUGUCCGUGGAUGUAGUAAUACGUGAAUGUCUGGACGUACCAGAUCGUGAUUUGGCAUGUUGAUAUGCGGGAAAUCAUUCUACGUGCCAACAAUUAGGUAUCCGAUUAUUAUAAGUUCAUUGAACAUUAUGUCCUUUGCAAACAUAUGUUUUGCCCAUACUAAGUUUUUAUGACUUUCCUAGAAACUUGGUUCUGAGAACCUGGUUGCGAAGAAGAUAGCGCCUACUGAAUGGCCCCAAAAAGGAGCGAUAACUUUUUGCAAUGUAAACAUGAGGUACAGGCCAGAAGUUGAUCUUGUUUUGAGAAGUGUCAAUUUUGAGAUUCAACCAAGGGAAAAAGUAGGCAUUGUCGGUAGAACAGGAGCAGGUAAGUUUUCAUUUGUAAGAUAUAUAAAGCAAAGCUAAAUCGGUAAAACUCGUGUACCACUAUUGACACAAUGAGCAAUAAUAUAUUCAUAUGCAGAGCAAUAAAUUAUAAGAAUUGCUUCACUAAAUUAUAUUUGAUUUUGAUAAAAACGCGAAUGUGUAUGUUUAAAACAUUAAACACUGUUAUUAUAGUGAUGUGAUGUACGAUAUUGAUUAUAUUUCGUUCGUAACAAAAAUUAGUUUUUACAUAGUACCUAUUUUACAGGCAAAUCAUCGCUGACUGGAGUCCUGUUCCGUUUAGUGGAACUUGCAGAAGGCGUUAUUACAAUUGACGGCGAGAAUAUCUCCGAGUUGCAUUUAAAUACAAUUCGAUCUAAAAUAUCAAUAAUUACACAAGAACCUGUUUUAUUUUAUGGAACCAUCAGGUACUUUUGUUUCAACGCAACUUUGAAGAAAAAGAUUAUUGUAUUAGCCAUCUCGUUGUUUACUAAAAAGUAACAUAAUAAUGAUGAUACGGAUAAUUAAAAUGGUCCUCGUCUCUUAAAGUGAUAUUAUGGGCAUUUUUUAGUGUUGAAUUGAGCUGAAAAGAAUUAACACGACAAACGAGUUAGUUAAAAUGUGGUUACUGACCAAUUAUCUGCAACUCAUCUUGCUACCAGUAGUUUAUAAAAAAAAUAAAUAUUUUAUAUUCGAUACCUUACGUGACUCACCCAGUCCUCUAAGCUGAAAUGAUCCGUAAAACAAAAUUGUGACUUUGUGUCGUAUUAACGAAUCUGCACUAAAACAAAAAUUAGGUUCACAUCGUACAUGCAUGAUCAGUCGUCAAACGAAAGUACGGUCGAUAUUCAAAUGCAUUGUUUUUCUCUUUCCGGGAUAUUGUAUUGGUAUGUUGAUUCUGCAUUAACAAAUAUAAGUGUAUUUAAGUGAAAACACCAAAAAUUAAUAACGGUUGCGAUAGAAACCUAUAAGCUGUAAGAUGCCCAUAAUAUCACUUUAAGGAUUCAGACGUUCGCCUACGUAAUUGUAGUUGUUUGUUCGAUUUCCAAAUAUGGCUCGUUCUGAAGUGUCAGGUUGCUUAUCAAGAAGCUAGUUAAAGAGGAAGGGGGAUGGUACUGAUUGCCCAUGACACAAAUAUGACUCGGGAGUAAAGAUGUUCAUCUAUAAAUGUGUAAACUUUCCCAAUUCUCGGAGUGUGAAUCAAUAAAACAAACAUACACGUUUCUAAGCGUGUAAUAAUAUAUAGCUAUAACUGUUUUGUGUCAGAUUGAACAAUUGUAUAUAUGUUGUUAACUUAUUUCUACUUAUUAAGCCUUGCUAUCGAUUUACAAAUUUUUUUAGAAUCAACAAGUUAACACGUAUACUGUCUCAUUUUAAAUAUACGUGUGCACAAUGUUACUUAGUUUAACAUGUAUAUAUUUAUGCUUGGUUCAACAUAGACCCAUUCUCUUCAUUUACGGAUGAGACCAUAUGGAAAUCUUUAGAGAAAGUCCACAUGAAAGAAAAGAUAAAGCAGUUUAAUCAAAAUCUCGAUACAAUUGUGGAGGAGAAUGGAGAGAACUUCUCAGUUGGGGAACGGCAGCUGUUGUGUCUGGCCAGGGUGGUUGUAAGAUGCAGCAAGAUUCUGCUUCUCGACGAGGCCACGGCAAACAUCGACACCUCAACUGACGCGGUGAUCCAAAAAACCAUCCGGGAAUGUUUUUCAGACUGCACCGUCAUCACGAUUGCUCAUCGCCUUAACACAGUUCUACACAGCGAUAAGAUACUAGUGCUUGAUAGUGGCAAGGUGAUGGAAUGUGGGUCUCCUCAAGAGCUAUUAUCUAAUCCGAACUCCUUCUUCAAUGCUAUGGUAACAGCACAGACAUCGAACGCCAACUCUCUAUAAAGAGAACAAUUGCAUGCAAAUCAUUGCGGCUUGUUAAAAGGAUGGUACAAAUAGUCAAUACGAUAGUCGACAUUUCGGACUGAAUUUAAUGUUGUCGAUUUCAAUGCAAAAUUAUUAAACUUAAAGGUAAAAUUCAUGAUAUUGCAACAUGUUAUUCUUGAAAUGAAAAUAAUUCCAUCACCAUGAGAAAAGAUUUUCAAAGCCUAGUAUAAUGUUGAUAUAAAUCGACAUACAUUUCAAAUGGCUCAGUUUGAAAUGAAAAAGCUUAAUAACUAAUUAUUAUAAAAUAUAUCCAUUAUCCAUGUUCAAGAAUGUUUUAUUUAUCGAAUCUUGUUGUGAUUUUCUAUUAAUAUUAGUUUAUAUUAAACUGCAAACAUGUUUCUGUUCUGUUCUUAUCUAUUGUCUGCUGGUAAUUGAUAUUUUUAUUCGUUUAACUACACACUCGUUUAAUUUGUUUUGGGAAUGCUUUACCAUAUAGACAUACAUGUUCAUGACUUUUUUCGACAACGAUCUUAGUCUUGCAAAUUGCAAAUAAAAUAAUAUAGAUUUUUACUUGAAAAAUAUAUGAAGUUAUGCGUUUCAGCUCUAUACCCGCAACACUAUAUGGUUAAGUCUUAUUAUUUAAUAUGUAUUGAGUUGCAUAAUUGACGAAACACCUUUGCUGACUCAAAAAAUGUCUUACUAAGCAUUAAACAAAAAUGAUAAAAAAACGCAUAAAUAUGGUAUUAGAUUGAGCGAAUUUGGCGAACAUUGAACUAAAGCGUUAGUGUCGAAAUUUAUAGCAGUGCGUUAAAUGAUUUAUGUAACAAUUACUGGAACAAUGUAGCAUUUCAGACGCUACGGUCUUGGAAAUAGUACUUGACGCAUGACACCAAUGCUCCCAUACGCGUGUAGAAAUGACAAUUUUGAGAUCAAUAUUAAAAGUAUGACAAGCAUUCAUUCUCAAUGCGUUAUCGUGCAUUCUAAUAAGCCUAUACACGUGCACACCAUAACGAGGUUAACUCACAGAACUGCAAGUUGUCAAAGAAAAACACGUAUUGAAAAUGUCGAUCACGUUCAUAAUGAAUUAAGUAAUGGAAAGAAAGUUGGUUACUUGUUACUACUUCCAUAUUCCUAAUGCGAAUAAGGACUAAGGAACAGCUCCAUAUUCUUUAUUUUAGCUGAACAUAAUUGUAAAAGCUUUAAAGAAUAUCAAUAAAACCAUUUGUUAAGUAAAUCAAUUAAAAAUUAAUAAUUUCAUUAAUAUAAAAGAUACAUCCCAAUGACAAGUUAAAUUGUGUGUCAAAUAACUCGAAUACACAUACCUUAUGUAUUACGAUAAAUAUUCGUGUUUCUUUGAUGCAUUUGACUAGAAUUUCCUGUUCAAACCGAAAUAUCAUUUUCCACAUCGAAAGCUGUCUUUACAUGCACUUCAUCCAAGCUUAAAACUUAAAACUUAAAAAAUAUUGUUCAUUUUAUAUAUUAUAAAAAAACACAUUCUAAUACAUUUUUACGAAAUUGUUUUUAUAUCUACUCAAGUUCCUUGUGAGCUGCUGACUAAAGAAAACACGUCAGAAUGUUAUGUUUAUUCAAGCACAGUAAGAAACUGGCUUUCUUACUUAUUAAUACAUUCUAAUUAAUCGAAGUGUACCACAAAUCAAUGAUAGUCGUUGUACGUGCCGUUUUAAAGUGCACAAAUGUUGGCAUUACUGUUCUGCAGAAUGUUCGAGAUGUAUUUAUUACACUAUUUGGAAAUGAAUGUCAUAUUUCAUAACAAAAAGAAUGGUGUAAUACCAUAAAAAUGUAAGUUAAAAAUGUUUAUAAGUAUGUUUGUAUGUGCAUAUAUGUGUGUACAUGUAUGUUAGAAUGUAUAAGUAUAUAUGUAUAUGUUGAUAUAUACCUAACACAUGAAUGUAUAAGUAUGUAUGUACAUGUAUAUGUUGAUAUAUACCAUUACCAUAACACAUAAAUGAAUGUAUAAGUAUAUAUGUAUAUGUUGAUAUAUACCUUAACACAAGAAUGUAUAAGUAUCUUUGUACAAGUAUAUGUUGAUAUAUACCACUACACAUGAAUGAUUUCAAGAUCAUGAUAAAGUGAACUCUAAACUUAAAAUCUUGGAUACGUAUAAUGGAUAGAUAUGUAUAAAUAUGAAUUUAUAAAUGUUAAAGUAUCAAGUAGUACUAGGUCCGUGUACAUACCGUCUUUUCGUUUUUCGUUUUGCAUUCGACAACACGAAACACGAAAAUAAACGCAUAUUAGUUCAUAUUCCGAUUAUCUUAUAACCGAAACAAAUACAAAAAACAAAGAACAAGUAAACUUAUUUAUAUCGUUUUUCGUUUUACUAAUUACAAAACAAAACACGAAACGUGUAUGUCUAUUCCUAUUUCGUUUCAAUUUAAAUUACAAAAAAAAAAAUCAAUACUUGAAAAUUGAAACAAAGCGCCUGCUCUCAUUUAUCGUUCUUGAUUUGAUAAAACGAUACACGGAAAACGAGGGGCGCUGCGCAGCUUUAUUUGGAUGAUAACUCAUGAUUAAUCUUAGUGCGCAGUUUCCUCCCUUUGAAACAAUUAUUUUGAAUAAUAAAAUGUUUACUAUUACAUGUAUUAUAGAGGAAGAAUAGACGAAUCUUGGCACAGCUCUUUUUGACUAGUCUAAUGGAAUAAAAUAAUGAAUAGA